GGCGGCGGGGCAGCCUCGGCGCGUCCUCUGAAGGCCUCAGUGGGGCGCUCUCGGCCGCAGCUUGGCCGGGGCGGGGCGGGGAGGAGCCCCCGGGAAGAAGAGGCCCGAUCCUCGCCCGGAGGCCUUGGCCGCGUGCGGAGAGGCUCCCCGAGGCUUGCCCUGCCCCGCUCGCCGCGCUGCUCCGCCGCUGCCCCGGAACGGCCGCCCGCCCAGAUGAACGCCUCCGCCGGGAGCAGCUACCCGAUGGCGUCGCUGUACGUGGGGGACCUGCACCCCGAGGUGACGGAGGCGCUGCUCUACGAGAAGUUCAGCCCCGCUGGGCCCGUCCUCUCCAUCCGCGUCUGCCGGGACAUGAUUACCCGGCGCUCGCUGGGCUACGCCUACGUCAACUUCCAGCAGCCCGGCGACGCUGAGCGAGCCCUGGAUACCAUGAACUUUGAUGUAAUCAAAGGCAAGCCCAUCCGCAUCAUGUGGUCUCAGCGGGACCCCUCUUUGAGGAAAUCGGGCGUGGGGAAUGUCUUCAUUAAGAACCUGGAUAAAUCCAUAGACAACAAAGCACUUUAUGACACGUUCUCUGCCUUUGGGAACAUCCUUUCUUGCAAGGUGGUGUGUGAUGAGAACGGCUCCAAGGGCUAUGCUUUUGUGCACUUUGAGACACAAGAUGCCGCAGACCGCGCCAUCGAGAAGAUGAACGGCAUGCUGCUGAACGACCGCAAAGUGUGAGUGUCUCAGCCAGAAGCUGAGACAUGAUGCAUCUCAGUAUUAACCCACCAGGCUGCUGGUUCUCCUGGCCCAAGCUUUGGCCUGCUGCCUGUCUCCUCCAGGGCUGGUAAGACCCUCAGUGUUAAAGUGAUGACUGAUCCGGCUGGGAAAUCCAAAGGUUUUGGCUUCGUGAGUUUUGAAAAGCAUGAAGAGGCCAGCAAGGCAGUAGAAGAAAUGAAUGGAAAAGAUAUCAAUGGGAAAAUUGUGUUUGUGGGUCGUGCACAGAAGAAGGUGGAGCGGCAGGCAGAGCUGAAGCGCAGGUUUGAGCAGCUGAAGCAAGAGAGGAUCAGUCGUUACCAGGGAGUUAAUCUCUACAUCAAGAACUUGGAUGACACAAUUGAUGACGAGAAGCUGAGAAAGGAGUUCUCUCCAUUCGGAUCCAUCACAAGUACUAAGGUGAUGCUGGAAGAUGGUCGAAGCAAAGGCUUCGGCUUCGUCUGCUUCUCCUCCCCAGAAGAAGCCACCAAAGCCGUAACUGAGAUGAAUGGGCGCAUUGUGGGCUCCAAGCCGCUGUAUGUGGCCUUGGCCCAGAGGAAGGAGGAGCGCAAGGCCCACCUCACCAACCAGUACCUGCAGCGCAUCGCCGGCAUGAGAGCUCUGCCAGCGAACACCAUUGUCAGCCAGUUCCAGCCGGCUUCCGGAGGGUAUUUCAUGCCCGCUGUGCCCCAGGUUCAGAACAGACCCACAUACUAUGCACCUAACCAGAUAACUCAGAUGAGACCCAAUCCACGCUGGCAGCCAGGAGGAAGGCCUCAAGGCUUCCAAGGUAUGCCCAACAGUAUGCGCCAUUCUGGGCCGCGGCCAACACUGCGGCAUUUGGCUCCCACAAAUACAGCUCAAGCAUCCCGUAGUUUGCCUGGUGCUUCCCAGAGGAUUGGGGUUGCCGCCACGGCCCCAAAUCUGGUUCCUCGGCCACCUGUAGCCACCCAAGCUCCCAGGGCUGUUCCACCCUACAAAUAUGCUGCAGGCAUCCACAGUCCCCACCCAGCAGUCCAGCCUUUACAGGCCCCGCAGCCUGCUGUUCACGUCCAGGGACAAGAGCCCUUGACGGCAUCCAUGCUGGCUGCUGCACCCCCCCAGGAGCAAAAGCAAAUGCUGGGAGAACGUCUCUUCCCGUUGAUCCAGGCAAUGCACCUCAGUCUGGCAGGGAAGAUAACUGGGAUGCUGCUGGAGAUCGACAAUUCAGAGCUGCUACACAUGCUGGAGUCUCCAGAAUCCCUCCGCUCCAAGGUGGAGGAAGCAGUGGCGGUGCUACAGGCUCACCAAGCAAAGAAGGAAGCUGCCCAGAAGGUGGGCAUCAUUACUGCUACCUCGUAAACCAAGCAUGCUAGUCUUGUAAAGAACAAAUGGACUCUGAAGAAAUCAUUUCAUUCUGCAUAUUUCAACAUUUCUCAACAAUUUUCAGUGUGUAAAGCUCUUAAUAUGCUUCAUUUAAAAAUACUAAAAAAAUCAAAUUCCAUAUGCAAGGAUUUAUUUUCCUGGCCAAGAGGUGGACAUCUUGUCUUUCCUUGUGGGAUAAUGACAUUUUUGGACUUGAUUUUAAUUAGACAAUCCCAUUUGCAAAGUCAAUAAACAGAAGUAUUUUAUGAAA